CGCUGAUGUUGAAGUUUUAACCCCUUUGCAGAUCUUGAUUAAAAUAUCAUUAAAGCCAAGGUCAAAAACUAGUUAAAUUUAAUUAAAAACAUAAAAUAAUCUUGUCAAAUUCAAAGCACCAAAAUCCUGACAAUCUCUUAAUCUAUUGUGCCACCUGUUUCAAUGGAUUCUGAGUAUAAACCUGUAAAUUUUUUUUUGGGAAAGAUAAAAAAACAAUGUCAUGCGCUUCACGUCCUUCACCUCCCUUCAAAUAGGCAUAAAAAUAAAUGAACACAAAUGAUUUCAUGUGAUUUAUUUCCUUUAAAGUUAUUAUCUUAAUAACCUUAAUUUGAUAAGUUAUACUUUCUCCACCAUCACCUGAUCACUAACCUCUCCACCGCAAUUCAACUCAACUCAACCUGCUUCUUGUUAUUCAUUCCUUUCCUACCUUUUUGUACUGCUGCCUUUAUUUCUGUCUCGUCAUUUGUCCUUUAUAACUCGACUAACGUUAUGGGCACCAACCGGAAUGCUCAUAUGUACGUGUGAAUUGUGAAAUUUCUUGCUAGAACGAACAAUGAAAUUCGAAGACUUCCUAAUGCCACCAAGUGAAAAGCAACGCAGAAGGAUUGCUCUUGAGGAGGAGGUUGAGGAACUGCAAGAGAGACUAACUGGGGAGCUGCAGAUAAACGGCGUGCUGCAGAAUGCAAUAAAGGGAUCUCUUCUUUCCUGUUCUUGCCUUUCUUCAAGGCUACCCCUGGAGGUACAGGUGCUUCUAGCAGAAUUAGAAAUGGUAGAGAAAGAAAUCAAUUGGCUAGAAACUAAAGUUGAGAAGCUGAAAAAGAACAAAUACAACGAGAAGAAACUUAUCAAAGAUAGCGAGUUAGAGCAACCGAAAAAGUACCUUGAGUGGCAAUUGCCAAACAAACAGCAAAAUGGUAGAGAGCUUAAAGAUUCAAAAUGGGUUACAGUAACAAGUCAUAACAGGCGAAAAAGCAGUUUAGACGAUGGAAGAUUAUCUUUGAGCUCUAUCUCAGACAUGGAAAGUUCUUUUGCGAAAGAAGAAACUGCCAAGAGAUACCUGAGAAUUAUCAGAAAUAAACCAAACCGCGUCAUAGAUGCUGAAGCGAGCAGUGAGGAACCAAAUAGACUCUCUGAAGAACUUCUCAAAUGCUUGAUAAACAUAUUUGUAAAACUAAACCAGACAUCAUCAGAAAAAGAAUCAACUUCUGCUGCUUCCAAGCACAAUUUAAACUGCAUCAACUCCAAAGGCUUUUCACCCAAAAAUACAUUCAGCUGUAAAGCAAGAUCAUCUAUCACCAGUGAUGAUGGAGUUGCACAGGAUGGCACAGAAAUUGGGUUUGGCCCUUACAAGAAAUUCAUCCAAAUCACAAGAAACUCACUGAAGACAGCUCGGCUUUCAGAUUCUUGUCCUGCAACCAGAAAAUUGAGGGUUCUGCUGCAGAAGUUAUGCUACGUGGACCUGUCAUUCUUGAGUAACAAACAAAAGCUAGCUUUCUGGAUCAACAUCUAUAAUGCCUCUAUAAUGCAUGCUUACUUACAAUAUGGGCUGCCAAAUACACAGGAGGGAAUGUUGACACUUCUGAACAAGGCAGCUCUAAAUGUUGGUGGAAUAGUGUUGAAUGCACUGGCAAUUGAGCAUUACCUUCUUCGACAUCCAAGUGAUCCAAAACUUGAUCUCAUAAAUGAGAAGGAAAUGUUACUGCGCCGGGCUUAUGGACUGCGGUAUCCAGAACCGAACAUCACCUUUGCACUUUGCCGAGGCAAUUGGUCUUCACCAGCAAUGUGGAUAUAUACUCCAGAAGAUGUUGUAGAUCAAUUAAGUAGAGCAAAAGUGGAAUACUUAGAAGCAUUUAUACGAGUAACAAGCAAGAGGAAGAUCCUAGUGCCCAAACUCCUUCAAUGGCACAUGCAAGAUUUUGCAGAUGACAUGGAAUCAUUGAUAGAGUGGAUAUAUAGCCAAUUACCACCAAAUGGAGUAUUAAAAAGAGCAAUAAUGGAGUGCCUAUAUGAAGACAGAAAGCUUCCAACAGGAAAGAUGAUAGAAAUUGUGCCCUACCAAUAUGAAUUCCAGUACUUGCUGCCACAUUAGAGGAAUAACAAGCCUGAAAAAGAAACUAACAGAUCUGGUGCAACAGGCACACUAAAUAACAUAACUUCACAUAGCUGUAUAGCUUCAUUCAUAAUGGGAUCGAUUCAUCAAAAAAUUCCUAUCCCGGUUCUCAAACCAGUAGAAAUUGUACAAAAUAUAUUCCGUAACUUAUUAACAGAUGAUUCAAGAAGUCCUAUGUACUAAUGGUAGUAUCUAGGUAGCAUUAGUACUAGGCUGUACUUACAAUCAACAGACAAAUUAUAACCAGAGACUUCAGCUAGCUGUGGAAUAGUUAUUGUAAUAUGCACAGUCAAACUAUUCAGUACUAUACUAUCUCCACAUCCAACUAUAAAAUUAGGUACAAAUUGAUUUUACAUUCCAGUGGCAUGUACCCAGCAAAAAGAUUGUGUCAAAAGUGUGUAAAGUUAACACACCUCACGGGCUCCAGUUUGACUGGAAUAUGAUAUAUUUCUAGCUGCCAUUCUUACCUUUACAUGGGAAGUUUGUUGGCAGAAGCAAUAGGAACUCUACCCAGUGUUCACUCGGCCACUAGAGGCGUCAAGG